AUCUGCAACUCAUUCAUCAGUCUUUACCAAGAACAAAUUAAUCAUAACUCCAAAAAGAAAAAAGAAAAAAAAGGGAAAGGAAAAAUUAAGUGCUCUCCAAUGGAGAGUGUAAUUCUUUCUUGCAAAUCAAUUUUUCCAACAAUUUCAGAAUUACCCCAAAAUUAUCACCCAAAAACAAAAAUACCCAUCAAUUAUGAACCAAGACUUACAGAUACGCAUUUGAAUUAUCUCUGCACAAAUGGGCGCCUCAGUGAGGCCAUAACAGCUUUAGAAUCCAUUUCACAAUAUGGGUAUAAGGUAAAACCCGAAACUUUCUCAAAACUUAUAGAAUCUUGCAUCAAUUCGAAGUCACUACAUUUGGGACGUAAACUUCAUAAAAAGAUGAAAUUUUUACUGAAAAAAGUUGACCCUUUUAUUGAAACUAAGCUGUUAGGGAUGUAUUCGAAAUGUGGGUCUUUACAAGAAGCAUACCAAUUGUUUGAUGAAAUGCGUGAGAGGGAUUUAUUUGCUUGGUCUGCUAUGAUCGGUGCUUGUUCAAGAGAUAGUAGGUGGGGUGAAGUUGUAGACCUUUUUUACAUGAUGAUGGAGGAUGGUGUUGUACCUGAUAGCUUUUUGUUCCCUAAGAUUUUACAAGCUUGUGGGAAUUGUGGGGAUGUUGAGACUGGAAAGUUGAUUCAUUCUAUAGCGAUUCGAUAUGGAAUGAGUUCUGAAAUCCGCGUGAAUAACUCGCUUCUAGCUGUUUAUGCAAAAUGUGGGUUGUUAGUUUGUGCAAAGAGGCUUUUCGAGAGUAUGGAGAAAAGGGAUACAGUGUCUUGGAAUUCGAUUAUAAUGGCGUAUUGUCACAAGGGUGAGAUUGUGGAGGCGCGGAGGUUAUUGGACGUAAUGCAUCUUGAAGGCGUAGAACCGGGUUUGAUCACCUGGAAUACAUUGAUAGCUAGCUAUAAUCAGUUAGGCAAGUGUGAUGAGGCGCUGGAAGUUAUGAAGGAGAUGGAGGGUAAUGGGAUAAUGGCUGAUGUUUUUACUUGGACAUGUAUGAUUUCAGGUUUGGCUCAACAUAACAGGAACAGUCAGGCAUUAGAAUUGUUCCGGGAGAUGAGUUCCAGUGGAGUUACACCAAGUGAAGUAACACUUACAAGCAUAAUUUCAGCUUGUGCGUCUCUUAAAGACCUGAAGAAGGGAAGAGAACUUCACUCUUUGGUUGCAAAGUUGGGAUUUGAUGGAGAGGUAAUUGUUGGGAAUGCUUUGGUUGACUUAUAUUCGAAAUGUGGUAAACUUGAAGCUGCUCGGUUGGUCUUUGAUAUGAUCCCAGAGAAAGAUGUCUACAGUUGGAAUUCCAUGAUUGGAGGGUACUGCCAAGCCGGGUACUUUGGAAAAGCCCAUGAUCUUUUUAUGAAGAUGCAUGAUUCUGAGGUAUCACCUAAUGUUAUCACGUGGAAUGUCAUGAUUACAGGACACAUGCAAAAUGGUGAUGAGGAUCAAGCAUUGGAUCUGUUCUGGAGGAUGGAGAAGGACGGGAGCAUUGAGCAGGAUACUGCCUCAUGGAACGCUCUCAUCGCUGGCUAUUUGCAAAAUGGACAGAAGGACAAAGCAUUGGGCAUGUUUCGGAAAAUGCAGUCAUUUGGUUUUAAGCCCAACGCAGUUACCAUUUUGUCCAUCCUACCAGCUUGUGCAAACUUAAUUGCUGCAAAGAAGGUGAAAGAGAUUCAUUGUUGUGUUCUGCGUUGCAAUCUGGAAAAUGAGCUCUCCGUUGCUAAUUCUCUUAUUGACACAUAUUCCAAGUCUGGGGGCAUAAAAUACUCGAAAGCAAUAUUUGAUGGGAUGUCAACCAAAGAUAUCAUUUCUUGGAACACAGUGAUUGCGGGUUAUGUUUUACAUGGCUGUUCUACUGAGGCAAUAAAGCUAUUUCAUCAAAUGAAAGAGGCAGGGCUUAAACCAAACAGGGGUACUUUCUCGAGUGUGAUUUCAUCUUAUGGUCUAGCCAAAAUGGUUGAUGAGGGGAAGAGUAUGUUCUCUAGCAUGUCCGAAGAGUAUCGGACUGUACCAGGUCUAGAACAUUGUGUGGCUAUGGUUAAUUUAUAUGGUCGUUCAGGUAAACUUGAAGAAGCAAUUGAAUUUAUAGACAAUAUGACCGUGGAGCAUGAUAUUUCUUUAUGGGGUGCAUUGCUGACUGCUUCUCGCGUGCACGGUAAUUUGACUUUAGCUAUCCAUGCUGGGGAACAAUUACUCAAACUGGAUUCAGGAAAUGUAGUGAUUUAUCAGUUGCUCUUACAGUUGUAUGCUCUACGUGGGAUUUCUGAAGAAUCAGUAACUGUGCUGAGACCUAGAAAAAGAAAUCAUUGUGAAGAAUCUCUUAGUUGGAGCUGGACAGAGAUCAACAAUGUGGUGCAUGCUUUUGCUUCAGGUCAGCAGAGCAAUUCUGAGGUUCCAGAUUCUUGGAUAAAAAGAAAAGAAGUAAAAAUGGAGGGAUCCAGUUCUUGCAAUAGGCUCUGCAUCAGAGAAGAGGAGAAGGAAGAUAUUAGUAGAGUUCAUAGUGAGAAACUUGCGCUUUCUUUUGCUCUCAUUAACAAUCCUCAAUCAUCUCGAGUGAUCCGAAUUGUUAAGAACCUCAGAAUGUGUGAAGAUUGCCAUAGGACUGCCAAAUGUAUUUCUCAGAAAUAUGAACGUGAAAUAUGUAUACAUGAUUCUAAGUGCUUGCAUCACUUUAAAAAUGGUUAUUGUUCCUGUGGCAAUUAUUGGUAGGUAGGUGAUCAUGACAGUCAUUUUCUUUUAGAUAAGUCUCCUCUUCUCCAAGGAAUUGAUGCGUCCACAUUCUUCUGAAGAAAAGUUUUGCAUGAAGUAAAAAGAGGAUCCCUUUGACAAUGUAUAGAUGAUGGUGCAAACCAUAGCCACUCAAACGCUGUAUUGCUGUAUAUAUGAAUUUUCUUUGUUUUGGUCAGAGGUCUUGUAAAUGGUUGAGAGAAAUCUGGAUAAUGACACUAGUCGAUAGGCUCUGUAUCAUAUUGUACAUAUGCCAAACAGAUAGUCUUUCUUCUUA